GUGGCAGAGGCGGCAGUGAUGGCCGUGGCGCUUACAAGAGAUCAGACAGCGGAUGAUGGCUGGCUACACUAGCUAAGGGUAGCAUUGUUUGAUCUGCAGGCUUGUUGGACAAGCCCUCCUGCCUGUUGCAGACAAUUUUAUGAGCAGGAUGGCGGUGGACCCUGACUCAAUGAUGUUGCGCGCCGUGGAUAUCUCAGGACCCACGCUGGCCUCUCUUCUCCACGAUGUUCUGGCUGCAGACAGAGAUGUCGAUGGGCUGCUCUUUGGGAGAGUGGCCCAGAGAAUGGUCAGCACUGUGAGCGACCAGGAGGAGGCGACCUCCAGCCAAAAGACCACCGCAACGGUCACCGGUUUCUGCUGCUCGGGGCGCCUCUUCAGCUUCUAUGAUCCUUCCGGCGCCGUAGACCCCCCCCAACUUGCACGGGUUGCAGGAGAGGGCAUCGGGGAGGGGGGACGGGAUCCCGUCAUUGGCUGGUUUGUUGCGCGUCAUAACACUCCCCUGCGGCCCUCGAUGCGCGAGGCCGCAGUCACCUCCUCUCUCCGGGGGGUCUCCUCGGCAGUCCCGGGAGCCCCCCGCCCCGAAUGGCCGCUGCUGUUUGCGCUCUUUGACACAUUCCAAACGCACAACCGGGCCACGCACACGCACGACUACAGGCUGUUCCAGUGCCGGAAACGCGCCACCUGGCACUUUGACCCCGUCUCGGUGAACAUCGUCAACAUCGGGCCGUUCUUCCGGGGGCAGUUCGAUUCCUUUUCUCCCACCGCGCCCUUCCCCCCCCUUCCGCUCUACCCUGGCGGUUUGGAUUCCCCCCGGGUAGGCCUUUCCACACACUCGAGAACCUUUUCUGACAGCAGUGGGGGUGGGGACGACGAACCGGGGGGGAGUUACCUGGAAGACCAGGCGGUUCUGGACCGGCAAACGGAGGGGUACUCGUUAGAAAAGCUGAGGAACCUCGUGGGGCGGGAGGCCCCCCCUCAGAUGCUCGAGAUCGAGACACUCUACCGGGCGAUGCUCGGACGGCUGGAGAAGCUGGCCAAGGACACGUGUCGGGCGUCCGAAGCAGUGCAUGAGCAGGUUGAAAGGAAUGCGGCAUUGCGGAACUCCAAUCGACAGGGCCCGUUGCCCUCGACGUCAUAGGUGUGACUGGGCCCUGCUGCAAAGUAAGGGUCGGACCAAAGCUUCCGAGCAUAGAUCAUUAAUAUCCGAAGGUGCAUUGAAAAGACCCGACAUUCUUUUAGAGUGCAUUGCAAUGGAGUCCGAUCAAUUGUACGCGUUGCAUCGCGGGACUCAAUUAUGUUGAGUCGCGUAUGUGCUGAUUUCGCUGCUAGAUCAUGCGUGUCUGUAUGCGAAAGCGGCGUU